AUGGGUUUCACUCACUACUCCGGCCCCGCCUCCAGCUUCCCCGGCAUGAACCAGUGGAAGUCGUUCGAGGAGAUCUUCAACGCCAACAAGUCCGCCAUGGCAGCCACUGGCGACACUGGCGAGGACAUUGGCCGUAUCUGGAACGCCGUCAACGAAUGCGCCAAGCUCGGUGUUGAGGAGCGCGUCAUCUUCGCCAUCAUCAUGCAAGAAAGUACCGGCAACGUCGGUGUCCGUACCACCGUGAACAUGGACGGCCACUCCACCGCCGGCCUCAUGCAAUGCGACGGCAGCCCUGGCUUCCCCGGCCAGCACGGUCUCAGCCAGGACCAAAUCACCUCCAUGGUUCGCGCCGGCACCACCCACUUCAAGCAGAACCUCAAGGACUUCGGCGACGCCGACACCGCCGAGUGCAUCUACAAGGCCCUGCGCGAGUACAACUCUGGCUCCGUCAACCCCAACGACCUCAGCGACGGCCGCGGCGCUACUGCCAACUACGUCUCCGACGUUGCCAACCGCCUCCUCGGCCGCACCAACUAA